GCCGCCGUCCCUUCCGGGGAAGCGGUGGCCGCCGCGUCCGCCGGGCGGCUUCCCGCCCCCGCGGCUCCGGGUGACGCUGCUCCAAUAACAGCGCGCGGGGAGCCGCAGCCGCGGGGGGCCUCCCUCCGCGCCAGCCCGGCCGCCGGGAUGAGGGCCGAGGGCGACGGCGGGCUGGAGCGCUUCUGCAGCCCGGGCAAGGGCCGGGGUCUGCGGGCCCUGCAGCCCUUCCAGGUGGGGGACCUGCUGUUCUCUUGCCCGGCCUACGCCUACGUGCUCACGGUCAGCGAGCGCGGCAACCACUGCGAGUUCUGCUUCGCCAGGAAAGAAGGAUUGUCCAAAUGCGGAAGAUGCAAGCAGGCAUUUUACUGCAACGUGGAGUGUCAGAGAGAAGAUUGGCCCAUGCACAAGCUGGAAUGUUCUCCCAUGGUUGUUUUUGGGGAAAACUGGAAUCCCUCUGAGACUGUAAGGUUGACAGCAAGGAUUCUGGCCAAACAGAAAAUCCACCCAGAGAGAACACCUUCAGAGAAAUUGUUAGCCGUGAAGGAGUUUGAGUCACAUCUGGAUAAAUUAGACAAUGAGAAGAGGGAUUUGAUUCAGAGUGACAUCGCUGCUCUCCAUCACUUUUACUCCAAGCACCUUGAGUUCCCUGACAACGACAGCCUAGUAGUGCUCUUUGCCCAGCCGAAUGUGUGGUUGAAGGUGACCUUCGCAGAGGGAGAAAUACUGGAAUACUGUUCUGUGGACGAAAGUCGCUACCUUCAGUGUCUAGACGGGAAAAAAGCUCGGGUUAACUGUAAUGGCUUCACAAUCGAAGAUGAAGAACUUUCUCAUUUGGGAUCAGCAAUAUUUCCUGAUGUUGCACUGAUGAAUCAUAGUUGUUGCCCCAAUGUCAUUGUGACCUACAAGGGGACCCUGGCCGAAGUCAGAGCGGUGCAGGAAAUCCACCCAGGAGAGGAGGUUUUUACCAGCUACAUUGACCUCCUGUACCCAACGGAAGAUAGGAAUGACCGGUUAAGAGAUUCUUAUUUCUUCACCUGUGAAUGCCAGGAGUGUACCACCAAAGACAAGGAUAAGGCCAAGGUGGAAAUCCGGAAGCUCAACGACCCCCCAAAGGCAGAAACCAUCCGCGACAUGGUCAGAUACGCACGCAAUGUCAUUGAGGAGUUCCGGCGAGCCAAGCACUACAAAUCCCCUAGUGAGCUGCUGGAGAUCUGCGAGCUCAGCCAGGAGAAGAUGAGCUGCGUGUUCGAGGACAGUAACGUGUAUAUGCUUCACAUGAUGUACCAGGCCAUGGGCGUCUGCUUGUACAUGCAGGACUGGGAGGGAGCCCUGCGCUACGGACAGAAGAUCAUCCAGCCCUACAGUAAGCACUACCCUCUGUACUCCCUCAACGUGGCCUCCAUGUGGCUGAAGCUAGGAAGACUGUACAUGGGCCUGGAGAACAAAGCUGCUGGGGAGAGAGCCCUGAAGAAGGCCAUCGCCAUCAUGGAAGUAGCUCAUGGCAAAGACCAUCCGUACAUUUCUGAAAUCAAACAGGAAAUUGAAAGCCACUGAAACUAUGCCGACAUUUUCGUUUUUAUUUAAAUCCUAGUGCAGAAACCUUCAAGGAUUUGCCUAUUUCAAAUCAUUCACGUCAUGCCAGCAUUUCUGUAAACUCACCGAAUGAAAACGUGACUUGCACUUAAACCUUACACAUGGCUUACUUGGACAUUGAUCUUAAUCUUUGACCUAAAAUAUCAAAUGCAUUUUUGAAAGCUUUUUUUUUUUCCCCCUAAGAGAUAAUGGCAUGGUUUCAUAUAUUAUAUUUCAGACAGAUUGUGUCCGAAGAUUUAAAGCUGUAGUUAUUUUUCCCUUCACGACUACUGUAAUGUUCUGAACAAACAUGAAUGAUGAAAGAGAAUAAAAAACAUAAUCGUA